AUGGCGAUGGCGAUGGCGUCGGCGCCGGCCGCGUCCUCGUCCUACGGGUGCGCGGCGUGCGGGGCGGACCUGAACCUGUCGGCGGCGCACCUGUACCCGGCGGACUUCUACUUCGAGGCCGGGAACAAGGGCACGCUGUCCUUCUCGUGGGUGGACGAGUCGCGCCUGCGGUUCGCGCCCGAGGACCGCAUCCGCCCCUUCUUCGAGACCCUCAACUACUGGGGCAUCCAGCGGAAGCGCACGCGCAUCAGCUGCGACGCCUGCGGCGGCCUCCUCGGCUACGUCUACGACGACGGACCGCCGGUCGUGCAGGGCACUGGGCAGUUCGGGAUGGGGCCCAGCCAGGUCAUCCCACGCCGCCCCAGGUACCGCUUCAAGAUCAAGGCCGUCGCCGCCAGCUCCUCCGCGCCUGCCGCCGCCGCCGCUUAUGGAAAGUGA